AUGAAGGAAGAAUUCGGAGCAUCAAAAUUAAUGGCACCUGAGUUGUUUUGGGCUGUUAAAAGAAGAGAUGUGUCCGAUAACGUGUCUAAUUUCCUUACAGUGUUAGAGGAAUUGGCUUCGGAGGAUGAAAUGCAUGCAUCAGACAUCGUGGAGCAAGUAACCUGUGGAGGAAGCACCAUACUUCACCUAGCAGUUCAAAAUAGAAGCCAAGAGAUUUUGCGACUAAUUGCAAAUCACUUCCCUCAACUAAUCACAAGGACUAACAUAGCAAGAAAUACGGCUCUUCAUCUUGCUGCUAGAAAUAAGGGCGAUGGUUUAAUCAAUAUAAUCCUAACCUGUUAUGCAGAAGGAAGGCUUUCUUCUGGAAGCCCAAUUUAUGAUGAAACAGAGAUGAAUCUGUUGAGGAUAAAGAAUGAGAUUGGAAACGCGGCAUUGCAUGAGGCUGUGUGGAAACUUCAUCUUAACGGUGCUCGUCUCUUGUCUGAAGCAGAUAAAGAUGUGGCAAAUUAUCUGAAUAAUGAAGAGAAAAUACUGAGAAAAAAUUCUGAAUUAAUCUACUUGAAAGACCAGAGAGGUGGGACAGCCCUGCAUUUAGCAGCAUCCAUGGGAAACCUUGAAGUUGUGCGUACAAUUUUAAAUGAGUGUCCUCCAAGUGCCCUAGAGUGGGAUCUGAAAGGAUAUCUUCCUAUCCAUAUUGCUUGCAAAAAAGGUCACGUUAAUGUGGUUGAAGAAUUUGUUCAAAAACAAAAACCAUGGUUUGAUCCAAUGGAUUCACUGAAUCAAAAAGGUCAAAAUAUCCUUCAUAUUGCAGCAAAAAAAUGGAAAAGACAAAGUAGUAAAAUAUUGCUAUUGCUGACUCAAGAAAAGAGACUCAACAACAACCUAGUGAAUAAAGAAGGCAUGACAGCCCGUGAUAUUGUCAUGCUCAAGAGGAGGACACCACCAACUUUUAGAGAGUUUCUAUCAUUCACAAUCUUGAAAUCUAUUGGCACCCCCUUGAGUGAAAAUGGAAGAAGAAUCAGGCGAUCACAUACUGAACCACCUCAGAUUAAAUGGAUCAAGGAUCGUGUCAACGCUAUCUUACUUGUAGCAAUAUUAGUUGCCACUGUAACCUUCACAGUUGGUUUUACCAUGCCUAGUGGUGUCUAUAGCUUUGAUGACAAAGACAUGAAGAAAAGAGGCAUGGCCACUUUUCUUAACAAAUACAUGUUCCAACUAUUCACAAUUUGUGAUGUGAUAGCUAUGUAUAGCUCUACCAUGGGGUCUUCUAUUCUGCUAUGGGCUCAGCUUGGUGACUUCCAUAUAGCAUUCAAUGCCACAUACUUUGCUUUAUAUUUGGCGAGUUUGGCUCUGAUUACAAUGUCAGUUGCAUUCAUGGUUGCGAUGAUCAUCCCAAUUUCAGGAAGUUAUGGAAAGUUGAAGGUUAAGAAGAUGAAAGCGAUGGAUGAAACAAAAAAGAGCAUAGACAAACAGGGCACUAAAUGA